GGCCACGCGAUUGGAGGCACUUGCAUGAGCAGCAGCAGCAGCAGUAUUGAACCGGCCGAGAUCGCCGGCUCAUUCUCAACUAUGAUCUGUGGCCCAGUGCAACAAAAAAACAUAAAAUGGUGCUCUCCUCCAGUCAUGGGAGUCUUCUGACCAGCCUAUACCUCUGACCUUCUUCCUUCGCCCGCACUCUUCAACCUUCUAAUCCCAUCAAAAUGAAGUUCACCGCCCUCAUCGCAUCAGCCGUGAUGGCCGCCAGCGUAAACGCCUACACCGAGGUCACGCAAUGGAGCGGCUACAACUGCGGCCGUGGAGAUGGGUUCCGCACCUCUUACCUCCACAUCUACGGCGAAGGCGUCUACAUCAACCGUGACCGGGGCGCUCGUUCAAUCUACAUUGAGCAAUAUGACGCCAGCCCCCCGACCUACUUCUUCUCUGACUUCAAUGGCGGGGGAUUCCUGAUUCAUGGCCUUCGUACUUUCGCCUGCUAUGUCUGGAGCGACGAGGGCGCAUUGUCCAUCGCCAGCCCUUACAACGGAGGCCGGUUCAAGCGUGCCGAAGCUCUCAAUAUGACUGAAGGUCUUGCCGUCGAGAUCGACGAGCUUCACCUUGGACUUGGAGGUGCUACUCUUCUUGACAUCGAGAAUUGAUGUAAGACGCGUCCCGUCCGAAUCGACUUUGAAGAAGACCAUGAAGGAGCACAAGCAUGACUCAUGGAAUGAGUGUAAGAACUCAAUGCAGGGGCGUAAUUGAGGAACAGGAAUCUUUACUUUGAUGCUUUGUGUAAUGUGCAGAAAAUGACAAAAUUAUUCGAACUGUGGC